AUGAGGUUCCAUGGCCGUGUGGGGCCAGAGGCUCUGGGGAGACUGGUGGCCGCCAUCCACCCCUGGUAAUACUUACUUGAAGGGCCAGCAUCCAACCCUGGUAUUACUUACUUACCUACUUACUUAAAGGAGAAGUUUCAUUUUUUACAACCAAAGAUCUAUAUUUAUGAAGUAAAUGGCAUGUUAUAGAAUGGUCAAAAAAGGUGUCUGGACCCUUCUAUAACAUGCUAUUUACAUGUACAGUAUAUACACUAUAUAUACAAAAGUAUGUGGACACCCCUUCACAUUAGUGGAUUUGGCUACUUCAGCCAUAACCGUUGCUGACAUACAGUGCCUUCGGAAAUUAUUCAGAGCCCUUGACUUUUUCCACAUUUUGUUACGUUACAGCCUUAUUCUAAAAUUGAUUAAAUUGUUUUUUCCUCAUCAAUCUACACACAAUACCCCAUAAUGACAAAGCAAAAACAGUUUUUUUGAAAUGUUUACUAAUUUAUUAAAAAUAAAAAAUGGAAAUAUCAAAUUUACAUAAGUAUUCAGACCCUUAACUCAGUACUUUGUUGAAGCACGUUUAGCAGCGAUUCCAGCAUUGAGUCUUCUUUUGUAUGACGCUUGGCACACCUGUAUUUGGGGAGUUUCUCCCAUUCCUCUCUGCAGAUCCUCUCAAGCACUGUCAGGUUGAUUGGGGAGCACUGCUGCACAGCUAUUUUCAGGUCUCUCCAGAGAUGUUCGAUCGGGUUCAAGUCCGGGCUCUGGCUGGGCCACUCAAGGAUAUUCAGAGACUUGUCCCGCAGCCGCUCCUGCGUUGUCUUGGCUGUGUGCUUAGGCUCGUUGUCCUGUUGGAAGGUGAACCUUCACCCCAGUCUGAGGUCCUGAGCGCUCUGGAGCAGGUUUUCAUCAAGGAUCUCUCUGUACUUUGCUCUGUUCAUCUUUGCCUCAAUCCGGACUAGUCUCCCAGUCCCUGCCACUGACAAAUAUCCCCACAGCAUGAUGCUGCCACCACCAUGCUUCACCAUAGGGAUGGUGCCAGGUUUCCUCCAGACAUGACGCUUGGCAUUCAGAGAAUCAUGUUUCUCAUGGUCUGAGAGUCUUUAGGUGCCUUUUGGCAAACUCCAAGCGGGUUGUCAUGUGCCUUUUACUGAGGAGUGGCUUCCGUUUGGCCACUCUACCACAAAGCCCUGAUUGGUGGAUUGCUGCGGAGAUGGUUGUCCUUCUGGAAGGUUCUCGAAUCUCCACAGAGGAACUCUAGAGCUCUGUCAGAGUGCCCAUUGGGUUCUUGGUCACCUCCCUGACCAAGGCCCUUCUCCCCAGAUUGCUCAGUUUGGCCGGGUGGCCAGCUCUAGGAAGAGUCUUGAUGGUUCCAAACUUCUUCCAUUUUAGAAUGAUGGAGACCACUGUGUUCUUGGGGACCUCCAAUGCUGCAGAAAUAUUUUGGUAUCCUUCCCCGGAUCUGUGCCUCGAUACAAUCCUGUCUCGGAGCUCUACGGACAAUUCCUUCGACCUCAUGGCUUGGUUUUUGCUUUGACAUGCACUGUCAACUGUGGGACCUUAUAUAGACAGGUCUGUGCCUUUCCAAAUCAUGUCCAAUCAAUUGAAUUUACCACAAGUGGACUCCAGUCAAGUUAUUUCAGUUUUUUAUUUUUAAUACAUUUGGAAAAAUGUCUAAAAACCCGUUUUCACCUUGUCAUGGGUAUUAUGUGUAGAUUGCUGGGCAUUAUAUUUUAAAUUUCAUUUUUUAAUCAAUUUUAAAAUAAGGCUGGAACAUUACAAAAUGUGUAAAAUGUCAAGUAUUCUGAAUACUUUCCGAAGGCACUGCAUAUACAGAAGUAUGUGGACACCCCUUCAAGUUAGUGGAUUCAGCUAUUUCAGCCACACCUGUUGCUGACAGGUGUAUAAAAUCAAAGCAAACAGCCAUGCAAUCUCCAUAGACAAACAUUGGCAGUAGAAUGGCCUUACUGAAGAGCUCAGUAACUUUCAACAUGGCACCGUCAUAAGAUGCCACCUUUCCAACAAGUCAGUUGGUCAAAUUUCUGCCCUACUAUUACUGCCCUGGUCAACUGUAAAUGUUGUUAUUGUGAAGUGGAAAUAUCUAGGAGCAACAACGGCUCAGCUGCGAAGUGGUAGGCCACACAACCUCACAGAACGGGACCGUCGAGUGCUGAAGCUCGUAGUGCGUAAAAAUCGUCUAUCCUCGGUUGCAACACUCACUACCGAGUUCCAAACUGCCUCUGGAAGCAACGUCAGCACAAUAAGUCUUUGUCGGGAGCAUCAUGAAAUGGGUUUCCAUGGCCGAGCAGCCGCACACAAGCCUAAGAUCACCAUGCGGUGGAGUGAUGAAUCAUGCUUCACCAUCUGGCAGUUCGACACAAAGUGAGGUCCAUACAGAAAUGGUUUGUCGAGAUCAGUGUGGAAGAACUUGACUGGUCUGCACAGAGCCCUGACCUCAGCCCCAUCGAACACCUUUGGGAUGAAUUUGAACGCCGACUGCGAGCCAGGCCUAAUUGCCCAACAUCAGUGCCCAACCUCACUAAUGCUCUUGUGGCUGAAUGGAAUCAAGUCCCUGCAGCAAUGUUCCAACAUCUAGUGGAAAGCUUUCCCAGAAGAGUGGAGGCUGUUGUAGCAGCUAAGGGGGGACCAACUCCAUAUUAACGGUCAUGAUUUUGGAAUGAGAUGUUCGAGGAGCAGGUGUCCACAUAGUAGUGUAUUUUUAAAUUGGUUGUAAAAAAUAUAACUUCUCCUUUAACUUGAACACAAUGGUGAAAUGUAGAUUUACUCCUAAAUAGACAUACCCAAAAGUAACUGUUUUUCAUGAGAUGGACAUAAACAAUAACUAGUAAUGCUGCAUAGUUCUAGAAAGGUCUGGAACUCCCCUUUCUGGUAAACAUAAUUAUACAUUUUUCACAUUUAAGGACACAAUCUCAAGAAACAUAGUACAAAUAUUACAAUUAUAUAUGAUUUUCUCUCUAUUCAACGAAAGUGGGGGAAUAGGGCUUGAAACGACUGAAAUGCUUUCUAAAUAUAGUAACAAUCAAAUUAUAAAUGACUUGCUAUAAGAUUUCACCUUUCUUAUAACUGUAAAACAAAUAAGAUCAUAUUUAGUGACAGUACAAAUUAGUCCCCAUUUCAUAUAACUGACGACAGAGCAUUUUCUACCAGGUUCUCUGAGCGACGCAGAGACACCCUUUGAAUGUCUGCAGACUCGUUAUAACAUCAGCUUUCGUCCCUCUGUGACCACGAGAAUGGUCGUGUUUCAAUUCUACGAAAUUAUUUAGUAUUUUUUCAUGUUGAGAGCUCUAAAUACGGCUGAGAAUAUCACAGCGAGAUGAAACCACAACUCCUGGAUUCGCUAGACUGCCCCCCUUAAUAUACUGUCUCCCAGGCUGGGCUCCAUAGCAGACAAAAUCAAUUCUUUGUCUGGAUAGGCCAGAAAAUGUGACAUGGAUUUUCCAUCUGUUGAUACUCUACAGGUGGUCAUACUAUCAACAAACUAUCUGUUGAUAAGCAACUGCUUGCUAAGUUUAGGGUUAGGUUUAGAAUAAGGGUUAGGGUAAGGGUACGGGUUAGGGCUAGGGUAAGGGUAAGGAUUAAGUUCAGGGUUAGGGCUAGGGUUAAAUUCAGGGUUAGGGCUAGGGUUAAAUUCAGGGUUAGGGCUAGGGUUAGUAGAUAGUUAGUUGAAAUGUUACUGAUAGUCUGUAGCUUGUCCAUCUGUAGGUGCUCUACAGACUAUCCAAAUAAAGUUUCACCCUGACCUUGGUAAGGGUAUUUUCCUGGUUAAAUAAAGGUUACGUAACAAUACAAAAUUGUCUUGUGUCUUGCAGGUUCUACUGGUACCCCCGGAACCAGUACCCCUACGAGCGGCGAACCGUCUCCACAGCCUAUGUACCCCUGGACCAGGGAGACUUCUACUACCAGGCCAACAUAUUCGGAGGAGCGCUGGAGGAUGUUCACAGGCUGACCAAGACGUGCAGGGAGCACCUGGAGGUAGGUACUCAUGCAGGCAAACACACACUCACACACUCAUACCUGACAGACAGUCAUGCAGACAGAAAGGCAUGCAUUCCGACGCGUAGGCACAGACGCAGGGAGGCAGGCAGGCACUCACUCUCUCUCAACCCCCUCCGUAGUCACUCACUCAGUCAUUCUCUCACCCAAUCCCCCGUUCCCUCUUCUCCCCCUAUCUCCACCCCUCUUUCCCCACCCCCUUCAUCCCUCCCCCUAUUCCUCCUUCUCUCCCUCCCCCCUUCUCUCCCUCCCCCCUUCUCUCCCUCUUCCUCCUUCUCUCCCCCCCCUCCCCCCUCUCUUCCCCACCCCCUCCCUCUAGGUGGAUAAGUCAGUGGGUGUGGAGGCUGUGUGGCAGGAGGAGAGUCAUCUGAACUGGUACCUGGUGAAGAAUAAGCCCACCAAGCUGCUGUCACCUGAAUAUGUGUGGGACGACGCUAGAGGACGGGAAGCCAAGGAGAUAAAACUGGUCCGCUUCUCCUCUGUCAUCAAGAACAAGGCAGAGGUCAGGGAGAACCCAUGA